CCAGGUUGAGAAGGAGGAAGUGAGGAGCAGCAGCAGCACACACUGCGGGCGCCGGAGCAGCAGCAGCACUGAGCUCCCCAUGCCUAUCUGUAGCACGCUGUUCCCAGUCACCCCCCAUGGCGGCACGCUGUGGAUGAUUCCUGCAUAGGGAACCAGCGGCAUCGGAAUGAACCAUACUGGGGGAGCGGGGGAGACCCCGAGCUCUCCGCCUGUAGGCAGCGGUAGGAAGCGGCUGAGCGUGGGAGAGCUCAGGCUGUACUUUGAAGCCCGGUGCUCGGCUGAGCGGGACGGAGACAGGGAGCCCAGGCGGAGGAGGCGGAUGGGGAGCGGGAGCUGGCACAGGAGCAAUGGGGAGUUCUCCGAGGAGCAGCGGAGGGGGAGCUGGGAGCCCCCGCAGAGCCACGUUCUUAUCCCCCAACUCCUGGUGACAAGUUCCGAGGAGCCGACGCCGCUGCCCCCCAGCCCGGCCGCCGUGCUGAUAGAUCUCCCCGGCUGGAACGGGAUGAGGAGCGAGGGCUUGCUGCAGCUCGCCCACCGGAGGCUCUCCGUCUCCAACUCGUCCCUGUCCUCCACCGGCUCCUCUUCCGCGCUGGAGGACUCGGAGGACGAUCUGCUCAGCGACUCGGAGAGCAAGAGCCAGGGGAACGUGGACCUGGAGCACAGCGAGGAGCAGAGCCUGAACAAAUCCUGGCAGAAGAUAAGGACCAUUGUGAAUAUUCCUGUGAUUAGCCCUUUCAAGAGACGGUGGGUGCAGCUUGCCGGCCACACAGGGAGCUUCAAAGCAGCGGCAGGGGGAACUAUUUUAAAGCGCUACUCUGAAAAUGAGAAAAUUUGCUUUGAGCUACUCAUGAAUGACUCGCUUGCUGUCUGCGUUCCCAGAUUCCAUGGGGUGACGGAAAGAGAUGGGGAAAGUUACAUCCAGCUGGAUGAUCUUCUAAAUGACUUUGAUGAGCCCUGUGUCAUGGACUGUAAAAUGGGGAUCAGGACGUAUUUGGAAGAAGAAUUAACAAAAGCCCGCGGAAAGCCAAAACUGCGAAAGGACAUGUAUAAGAAAAUGAUUGAGGUGGACCCUUAUGCCCCCACACAGGAGGAGAGCACUCAGCAAGCGGUAACCAAACCUCGAUACAUGCAAUGGAGAGAGACCAUCAGCUCAACGUCAACGCUUGGCUUCAGGAUUGAGGGAAUAAAGAAGGGUGACGGAACAUGCAGCACAAAGUUCAAAACAACAAAGACUCGCGAUCAGAUUCACAAAGCUUUCUUUCAAUUUAUCGAUGGCAACAAAAGUAUUUUGAAUAAAUAUCUGAACAGACUACAGGAGAUCAGGGCUGUUGUGGAGUCUUCGGAGUUCUUCAAGCAUCAUGAGGUGAUUGGAAGCUCCUUGCUGUUUGUGCAUGACAAGAAAGGCAAGUGUAAUGUAUGGCUUAUUGAUUUUGGAAAAACAACAUGCCUACCUGAGGGGCAAACUCUGGACCAUCGUAUUCCCUGGCAAGAGGGGAACCGGGAAGAUGGUUACCUUUAUGGAUUUGACAAUCUAAUUGAUAUCUUAUCUAGUAUCAUAUCCUGAUAAGGAAAAAUCAGUGAAUCGCCUGACCACUACAUAAGGAUUAUUCAUAUGAACUUUAUCUAUUGCCGUUUACUGUUUGGGAUGGAUUUUAUCUACUGGUGAUGGAACUAAAGAUGCUUUUAACUUAGGAAUCACAAAGCUUACAAUGUACAGCCUCUCUAUGCAACAGUAUGGUUCUGUGAAUUCAUGGAGACGUUCUCGAACCUGUGGAUUCCUGUUUAACUCUAGAAUAAUUCCUGAUGACUUGUGCUGAAAGCCAAACGUUUCUGUGAGGAAAACUUUCUUGCUCUCUGUGAUGAAACCUAUUUAAAAAAAAAUAUAUAAAAAUAAACAGGGUAGGUUCUUAUUUUUAUCUCUGCUGUACAACAUUGGGACUUGAGUGAACUCGUAGUGAAUUUAUAAUGGUAAUGAAAUGUAAGAGCACAGUUUGUGAACCUAAUAUAACCGUAUACUGCAGAAAAUGUUAAGUCAUUUUGCUACCAGUGGUUCAGCAACCUAAUUUUACAUAAUGCAGAUCAAAUUGCCCAAUCAUUAUUUUUAUUUUUUUAGGUUUGGUACAGACCCAUCUCUUGGCUUAGGUCUGUUUCCUUAAAAAAAAAAAAAAAAGAUGCAAAUAACAAGGUUAUCCACUUACAUAUGUUAAAUAUGUUCAUAUGUAGUUAAUAUACUGUAGUAUUUUUUUUGCAGUCUACAGGUUUGACUGUUGACAAGUUUUGAUAGGUUGGUCAUAGAUUAAUGUGGUCAUGGACAAUUAAGUUGACAGUUCUACCUGAUAGCUACUGGACCUCUAUCUAAGAUAACGUUCGUUUAACACUUUUGAAAACUGUGUUUUCUACAUCUACUUAUAAGAGUUUAUUAACAUUUUUUUUCUAACUGACUAAACACAUGGCUUGAGUAGAAACGUCAUUUAUUACGUUUGUCAGGAAUAUAAGGCAGAUUUAUUAAAGCUUGAAGAGAGAUACAAAGUGGAGAGAUAUAGGGGGAUAUUCAAUUGUUUGAAAAGUCGGUUGGAUAUCUGUCUGUUCCUGUCUAUUAGAUAGGGAAAAACAGACAUCAAGUGACUUUUUAAACAAUUGAAUAUCCCCCAUAGAGUAGUAACCAACCAGCUUCAGUUACAUUACAGGCUGUGUUUGGAAAAUGGUUAGGAUCUGAUUGGCUCGUACAUUAUCUCUCUCCAAGUUUUGAUAAAUCUUUCCCUGUGGGGAAGAUUUAUCAAAGCUUAGAGAGAGAGAGAGAAAAAGUGGACAGAGAUGACGUAUCAACCAAUCAGCUCCUAACUGUUGUUUUUUAUUUAAACACUGCCUGUAAAAUGGCAGGAGACAAUUGGUUGGAACUUCAUCUCUCUCCAAGCCUUGAUAAAUCUAUCCUGUGUGUGUGUGAAUAAGCUCUCACCCAUCGAGCAAUGUUGUCUUUGUUUUUUGGCUCAUGUUUUUAAUUGUUUUUAAAGUGUUUUUAGAUUUUAUAUUCACACACAAGAAUUCUGCGCAUCAAUAAGCUUUAUGAACAGAAAUCCAAACAAUUGGAUAAAAAAAUCAGAUUAUGGGGGGUAUCCAAUUAGCUACGAAUAAGCAUCGGGAGUGAAAAACUGAAGUUUUAAUCAAUUUUUCCUUUUUUUUUUUUUUUUUUUGUGCUAUCCUAUUAUGAUCACCCGGAAAAAAAAAAAUCUCCCAAAAACAGCUUCAGUGAAACCUGUGUGUUUUAGCUGGCCGCAGACCCUUUUCCGCAUGACAACGGGGCUGCAUUCGGGGUUAUGGCUUUGCCUGCCUGAGGCAGGUGAAACCUAAUCCCAGAUAAGCCACAGCCCUCACUGGUUUAUCGGCGCUAAUUGGAUAGCCCCCGGCGAUACAAUUACCGGUGGUAAUUUAUCACGGGUAAUUGGAUACCUCCCUUUAUGUUUAAGGGGGCGAUUUAUCAAAACUUGAAGAGAAAUAAAGUGGAGAACGAUUACGUACUAACCAGUCAUCUUUUAGAUGUCAUUUCACAGGCUGUGCUUGCAAAAUGACAGGAUCUGAUUGGUUGUGCCAAUAUUUAGUAGCAGGAAACAAUAAAGCUUCAUAAAAUGCAGCGGGAGAAUGCAUUACUACAGUGUUAGAAUAUAUAUUUAUAUACAAUAUUCCAUAUAUAUGGAAGUGAAUAAAGGACACUGUAGUAAUGCAUUCUCCCCCUUUAUUCACUUCCAUAUAUACGGAAUAUUGUAUAUAAAUAUAUAUUCUAAGAGAGACGGCACUAUUGAGAUGUUUAAAUAGCUUUUUAUGACCGCAUCCUAAAGCAAGAAUCCUUAAUAGGCCAAUAUAAAGUCUUAUCUAUUGUAGUAACCUGGUUCAUCAGCAGAAAAUGCUCAACUUUAUCAUUAUCCUAUAAUUCACAUAUGACGUUUAUAUCUGUGGAAUGCUGUUGGCGUAUCAGUAUUUAUUAAGAACACUCAUGUAAUAUAUGCACUAGCAAAUAAUGUAUAUUAUAAGGUUACUUAACCUAUUGAAACCCAUCGUACAAAUAUUUAGAUUUUCUAAAUAUUUAUUGAUAAAUUUACUCAAACAUUCUACCCAUGAAUGACUAUAUUUUUGCAAAUUAAGGCCCAUGCACACUUGCCGAUAAAAUGAGCGGCAUCGCUCAUUUAAUCAGCAAGUGUGUAUGCCGCCAGCGACGACUGAUGCGCGGCCCCUCCGGUCGGCAACGAUCGUCGCUGACGCCAGUGCAUGCAUGCAGGAUCUGGACUGUCGUCCAUGACCUGCAUGCAGGGCUGGCGGAGGCGUGACGUCACUGAGCGAUAUGAGCGGUCAUAUCGCUCAGUGUGUACAGGUGGCCGUCGACCGGCCGAGCCGGGAGGGGAAACAUUAGACGACGUCGCUCACAGAGCAACAUUGUCUAAUGUGUACGGACCUUUAGGCCCCAGUUACACAAUUAUUGUCCUAUGUAUAGGACAUUGUGUCUAUAUGUAUACAAAUAUGUAUGAAUAGUAUUUUGUGUGCAUAAAUGUAUAAUUAUAUUAAUAGGACAAUGGGUCUUAACAGGUUAAAGCCGCCUUGAGGUUCUCUGCUCUGUAUAAAACACUGCAUGUAUAUUUAUAGUGGGCUUCUACUAUACAGUACUUGUAAUAUACAGUAUGGGGUGAUGGCGUGAUACGCUAUAAAGCUGACUUUGGUUCUGUAAAUGGAACAACCUGACUGCCGCUGCCAGAUUAUUUACAGCCCCUGCCGCUCAGAAUGCUGGAAUCAGUCCAUCAGCCCUGGUCAUUAACAGCCAAUCGUACUGGGCACCGCUGCACUUCCCUCACCGCAGCAGAUUGCCAGUAACAAGAGACGGAACUUUAGCAAUGGGAUGUUUUGUAAUUGGCGGAACGGGCCAUGCUGAUAGUUGUAAUAUAUGUCUUCCUGUCAUCGAAGGAUUCCAGGAUAUAGCUGAAUCAGCAUAGGUGCAGUUAACAAAGGUUGGGUACGGGAUCCCGACAGUCAGGAUGCUGGCGAUCAGAAAACCGACAGUUAUAAUCCCGACACAUUUAGCAAAGUAAGGCUAACCUUCCCUACCUGCAACCUAACCCUCCCCCUAGUGCCUAACCCUCCCCCUAGUGCCUAACCCUCCCCUCCUGCAGCCUAACCCUCCAACUCCCGUAGCCUAACCCUCCCACUAAUGCCCAACCGUCCCUCCCGCAGCCAAAACCCUCCCCCUAGUGCCUAACCCUCCCCUCCGGCAGCCUAACCCUCUCCCUAGUGCCUAACCCUCCCCUCCUGCAGCCUAACCCUCCCCCUAGUGCCUAACCCUCCCUCCUGCAGCCUAACCCUCCCCUCCCGCAGCCCUCCCCCUAAUGCUCAACCCUCCCCUUCCGCAGCCUAACCCUCCCCUAGUGCCCAACCCUCCCUACCUGCAGUCUAACCCUCCUGCUAACCCUCCCCCUAGUGCCUAACCCUCCCUACAUGCAGCCUAACCCUCCUGCUAACCCUCCCCCUAGUGCCUAACCCUCCCCCUAGUGCCUAACCCUAAUCCUCUCCUCUCCUCUAACCCUCCCAUCCCGCAGCCUAAACCUAACGCUCCCCCUAGUGCCUAAGCCUAAUCCUCCCCUCCCACAGCCUAACCCUACACCUAGUGCCUAACCAUCCCCUCCCGCAGCCUUACCCUCCCCCUAGUGCUUAACCCUCCCUCCCCCUAGUGCCUAACCCUCCCCUAGUGCCUAACCCUCCCCUCCCGCAGCCUAACCCUCCUGCUAACCCUCCCCCUAGUGCCUAACCCUCCCCCUAGUGCCUAACCCUAUUCCUCUCCUCCCACAGUCUAACCCUCCCAUCCCGCAGCCUAAACCUAACACUCCCCCUAGUGCCUAAGAUUAAUCCUCCCCUCCCACAGCCUAACCCUACACCUAGUGCCUAACCAUCCCCUCCCGCAGCCUUACCCUCCCCCUAGUGCUUAACCCUCCCUCCCCCUAGUGCCUAACCCUCCCCUAGUGCCUAACCCUCCCCUCCCGCAACCUAACCCUCCCCCUAGUGCCUAACCCUAAUCCUCCCCUCCCGCAGUUUAACCUUCCCCCUAGUGCCUAACCCUCCCCUCUCGCAGCCUAACCCUCCACCUAUUAUUAUUAUUAUGAUUAUUAUAUUUUAUUUAUAAGGCUCCACAAGUGUUUCACAGCGCCGUACAAAGGACAGUACAGGGAGACAAAACUUAGCAUAACAGUAAAUAAAUAACAAAAAGGGAGUGCAGGUAACAAAGAUAACCAUAAUUCUCAAAACAUAAUACAGCUAAGAUGUAAGUAGCAAGGGAGUGAUCAUCGUACUACUUGGGGCUGGUGGCCAUAGAUGGAGAUGAGCCUUUACCAGCAUUAGAGAAAGCGGGUGAAGAUGGUCGCUGAGUAGGAGAGAGCUGUGAGUGAAAUGUGUUGAGAAGAGGGUUUUGACAACAAAAGGAAAGAGGGCCCUGCUCUGAAGAGCUAACAAUCUAGUGGGAAGGGCAACAGACAGAUGACAUGAGGUGCGAGCAGACAGGAUGUAAGCAAAGCUGAGAUGUUCAAGGCAUGAGGCAGGGGGAUGGAAGAGCAGCCUCAGGACUAGGUUAUGCAUCGGGAGGGUAUGCUUUGAUGAAUAGGUGGGUUUUUAGUGCCCGUUUGAAGCUUUGCAAGGUCGGCGAGAGUCUAAUGGAGCGGGGGAGCGCGUUCCACUGAAGGGGUGCAGCACGUGCAUCUUGAACUCGUGCAUGGGAAGCAGUGACCAGGGCAGUCGAGAGGCGACUGUCAUUGGCCAACCGUAGGGUCGGGAGGGAUUAUGAAGGGAGAGGAGGUUAGAGAUGUAGGGAGCAGUGGAAUUAGAGAUGGCCUUGUAUGUAAGGGUGAGGAGUUUGAAGAGGAUUCUGUAGGGGAGUGGGAGCUAGUGUUAGAUGUGGAGCAGCGGGAGAGGAAGAUAAGCCUAGCUGCGGAGUUCAGGACAGAUUGGAGGGGAGCAAAAUGGGAGAAAGCGAGGCCAGUGAGGAGAACAUUGCAGUAGUCAAGUCGUGAGAUGACCAGCGAGUGGAUGAUAAGUUUAGUUGCACUCUGGGAGAGAAAUGGCAUAAUGCGAACAAUGUUGUGUACAGUAGCUGGAACCGACAGGAUUGUGCCAGAGCUUGGAUGUGGGGUGCAAAGGAGAGGGAGGAGUCAAGAGUGACGCCCAAGCAGCGGAGUUGGGGAACGGGGGAGAUGGUGGUGUUGUCAAACGUGAUAGAGAUAUUGGUAGGGGGUGUUGCUCUAGGUGGGGGUAAGAUGAUGAGUUCAGUUUUGUCCAUGUUGAGCUUCAUAGAGCGCUCAGACAUCCAGGAGGAGAUUGCGGAGAGGCAGCUGGAAACCUGAGGGUGGACAGAGGGGGACAGAUCAGGAGAUGAGAGGUAGAGUUGUGUGUCAUCAGCAUAGAGGUGGUAAUGAAGGCCAAAGGAGUUAAUGAGUGCACCCAGGGAAGAGGUGUACAGGGAGAACAGUAGGGGGCCUAGGACAGAACCCUGAGGGACACCAACAGGAAGGAUGGAAUGGUGUGAGGUGGUGCCAGAGGCAGAGUGCCUAACCCUUCCCUACUACAGCCUAAUCCUUGCCUAACCCUAACUUCCCCUCUCACAGCCUAACCCUCCCCCAAGUGCCUAACCCUCACCCUCGUACUUACGUUCGGGAUUGGGAUUGUUGAGAUUCCGGUGCCGGGAUUCUGAUGGCAACUAUAUCCCGUUAACACUGCAUAAAUUAUUGUGACACAUGCAUCUAAACUAACAAGCAAACCGGCUGCCACCUUUGAUAGUAUAUAUGUACCUGGGUACAUAUCAAGCUCUUAUAAGGCCGUCUUUCCAGAUAGCGGUGCCUGUAAGCUCUGAGAACUCUCCUGGUUGACCAAAACAACGUUCAUAUAGAACUAUUGAGUAAUAAGGGGAUUUUAGUGCUUAGAUGUGCUGGCAUUAUUUUAAGAUCCUGAAAGCUGCUCGCUGAAGCCUGCUAACGUCUAAAUGUUAAGCCUAAAUGAACCAGUCUUUUUGAUUAGUUUGAGCAAAUAAUCACUGAACAUUAAUCUCUCUGCUGUCUCAUUACAGAGGUCAGAGUAGCGUGUUCAGCCCUUAACAAUCGCAUGUGUGAGCAUAUUACAGUCAGUGGAUGAGAUUAAUCAGUGGAAUUUCAUACAGCGUGGGUACAUUGUGAAAGAACGCAAUGGUUAUGCUAUACAAGCGAUUAAAACAUCUGCCGUUUAGAUUACCCCAUAGGAAACAAACUGUUGCAAAAUGAGCACUAGUUAGCCUUCAAUAACCUGCAACCGAGCAACUGAACGUUUAUCCCUAUAAUACAUUUAUUUUUUAAACAUUUUGUGGAAAUUUUAAUUGUUACAGAAUACAUAAUCCACUUCCCUGAUGUAAAAUGCAGACAACUUUUUUUAGGGUUUUUUUUUUAAUGUUACUAUACACCUGCAGAUUAAUCAAUGGCAACACACAAUGCUGAGUAUAUAAAUGGCGUUGGACGCAGUACUCCCGAAGGUGCAACCUGAUUGGCAGGCUGCAUCCGUGUGGGGACGGUAAUGGAGAGCGUUUUCGGAAACAGGCUCACAUCAGCUCAUUUUCCAGGCAUGCUUAGGCCACUGUCCUAGCCUUCCAUCAUAGCUUCACUUGCAGGCAGGGUUGUGAACUGGGAGAAGAGAAUGAAAAAGCGGAGAAACUGCCCCGGAUCCCCAAAAAGUGACUGCUGAGAUAGCAGAACAUAGGGGGUCGUUCCGAGUUGAUCGCUCACUAGCUGUUUUUAGCAGCUGUGCAAACGCUAUGCCGCCGCCCACUGGGAGUGUAUUUUAGCUUAGCAGAAGUGCGAACGAAAGGAUCGCAGAGCGGCUACAAAUUUUCUAUGUGUAGUUUCUGAGUAGCUCUAAACCUACUCGGCGCUUGCGAUCACUUCAGACUGUUCAGUUCCUGUUUUGACGUCACAAACACGCCCUGCGUUCACCCAGCCACGCCUGCGUGGUUUUUUUUUUUUUUUAACACUCCUUGAAAACGGUCAGUUGACACCCAGAAACGCCCACUUCAUGUCAAUCACUCUGCGGCCAGCAGUCCGACUGAAAAGCUUCGCUAGACCCUAUGUGAAACGAUAUCGUUCGUUGUAGUAGCACGUUGUGCGUGCGCAUUGUGCCGCAUGCGCGGAAGUGCCGUUUUUUUGCCUCACCGCUGCACAGUCAACGAAUGCAGCUAGCGAUCAACUCAGAAUGACCCCCACAGAGCAAGCAGAAAAAAUAGGAAACAUUUCUAUUUUACGGAAUUUGAAACCAAUGUACACUGUUUCAAGAAAUGAUGAUUAUUAAUAAAUUAUUAAUAAAUUAUUAAUAAAUCUAUUAUUUUUAUUUCAAAUAAAUACUAUCUGGGCUGUACAAAAUUAAUUUGGGGUAUUUUGUGGCGCUAUAUAUAUAUAUAUAUAUAUAUAUAUAUAUAUAAUAUAAUAUAUUUUUUACUCCAAUAAUGACAUGCAAUUAUUGGCCAACUUAAGUGAACCGAAGAAUUCCAAUUGCCCAAUUAGUCAUUAGAAAAGGGGUUGGGGGUCCAAUGGGUUCUGAAGCAAGUCCCAACAUUUUAAACUUAAAAUAAGGAUUUUCUCCACUUUUUCACCUGCUCAGGGUGGUACGCACUUGCACUAAAAAGUGCGAUUUGGCAAGGAGAAUAGAAAAUGAGUUGGUUGCACCUUGCAGUCGCUGUGCAAAUUUGCCAUGAAACCGGCUCGCAUAAGCCAACUCGUGUCUAAUUGGAUUGACCACUAUGAACGCAAUUUCUGGAUAGCUAAACACGUAAGCAGGGAUGUACAUCUUUUAAUAUGUGCAAAAUAUAAGGGCUGUACAGUGCACAUAUGACUUAACUCUAGAUCUUUUUUCAUUUUAUAAUAUGGGGGUAUAUUUAAAUAUCAGAGCUACAAAUGUACAGUAUCUUGUGGUAUGCUGGGAGAGCACUGUAAUAACCUGUAAAAUGUAGAACCUAUAGAUCUAUGUCCCAUCUUGUGAAAGGCUGGGAAAGCACUGUAAUUACAAACAACCUGUGAAGUGUAAUGUAUUAAAUGCGCUAUUUUUUCAUUGAGCAGAUAUAAUUACUGUUUUUCGGAAUAUUUUUGUUUAUAACAACAGACAGUGGAGAGGCACAACACACACUGUAACACUUAAUGAAUGUUAGCAAUGUAUAAAAGAAAUAUUUUAAGUAAAAAAAAAAAGAUACAAUAAGGUAUUGCACCAUGUGUACACAUGAUAUCCAUGGAUUUCUUUGAUUCUUGAUAAAUUACUACAGGUUGCGUCUCCCAUAUCCAAAACACAGAAUAUAUCAUAAUACAGAAUUUUUGGAGAUAGAUGUUGCAAUGUACACAACCUUGGCUUAAUGCACAAAAUUAUUAAACCUCUUGUAUAUUUUUACCUUCAGGCUGUGUGUAUAAGGUGUAUAUGAAACAUAAAUGCAUUCUGUGCUUAGACUUGGGUCCCAUCCCCAAGAUAUCUCAUUGUUAUAUGCAAAUAUCCCAAAAUAUGGAAAAAUCCAAUAUCCAAAAUUCUUCCGAUCCCAAACAUUUUGGAUAUGGGAGACUUAACCUGUACACACACACUCUUCCGUUAUUCAUUUGUGUAUGGAUUUUAAACACUAAACUGCAGUGACUAUAAUUUGUAAUACCUGCUGCUGUAUAUUGUUCAUAAAAUAUGUUUGGCAUGUAUAAAUGCAUUGCUGAGAUGUUUUAGAAUAAAUUGCUUUCAAAUUCUUAA